AUGUCCCUCAAGGAUGACAGGGCUUAUGCCACAGACGAUGACGGCACCGAUGGAAAAGCCCCCGUCAUGAACCAGACCAAGGGUUUCUUCAUUCCCACUCCUAAAUACACCAAGGGAAAUAGCAAGGAGAAGAGCAAGGAGAACGAUGGAAAGCGUAAGUUCAGCGAUGCAUUUGGAGGGGGCUUUUUUUCUGAUGUUGUCUGGAACAGUGUCGGCCUAAGCAACAAGAAGAAAUCCAAGCCCACCCAAGUCACCGAAUCCAGCAACCAUUCUUGGAAGAACAACGCCGACAAGAACACUUCCAAAAGCAAGAAGAAUCCUGUUGUGCCCCGCAAGAACAGCACUAUCAAGAUUGCUCCUCCAUCGUCCAGCCCCUCCUCCAAUGAUUCGUCCGAUGAUGAAGUUGAGAUUGUUGCUCCACCACCAAACUACAAGAGGAAGGAGACAAGUGUCCUCCUAGAUUGCAAGGACCCCAAGAAAACUACACGUGUCAAGCAGGCCCUUCUUGAACCAGAUUCUGAGUCAGACGAUAGUGAUGACAGCAUUGACUCGACAUCCAAUGCGAUCUUCAAUGCCCCUCCAAGGAAUGGGCGCACACGAAGAAUCUCCACAAAAGCUGAGACUAUCCGCAAAACCACCCAAGUUGCCAUUCCUGGAACAGCUUGGAGGAGUAUGCUCGAUGCUCACACUGGGACCAGCAUGGAACUUGGGCCUUCCGAAGGGGACUUCCAGAGAAGUCAUCAAUGGUCUCUCUAA